UGUGCGCGCGCGCGCGCGCACCUAUUGUGAAAAGUGAGGGAGAAAGAUAAGACGAUAGUGUAUGUGUUGAAGCGAGAGAGAAGAUUCGGCAGGUUGGAUGGAUGCUGGUCCACUGCACGGUGGGGAGUCCACCGUGCACCGUGCAUUCGGUUGUGUUAUACUCUAAAGGCCUAAAUGCGCGCCAGAUAGGAGACAGAAAACUCUUUCUAACGGCGUAAUUACCGACAAAUUGAUUUUGACGCGGUUGGAUCCCGAACGAAAGCUCAUGGUGGUGUGGGGCUGAUAGUAGUAGUAUAGAGUAUGCUGUCGCGCCAUCUUUAUACCGGAAAAGAGGGGACCUCCCUUUGACCAGUUCUCUAUCUUUCUUCAAACUAAUAAUUUCGAUUCUAUCAAUAACCAAGGUUAUCUUUAACAGUGUUAACACGAUCCAAAUAUUCGAGGAUUAUCUUACGUUUGUUCGCUUCAGUUCGUUUCGUUUCGUUUCGUUUCGUUCCUUCGUUUGUUUGUUUGUUUUUUGUUUCGUUUCUUUUUUGUUUUUUUUCGUUAUUUCUUUUUUUGUUUUUGUUUUUUCAAAUAUAUCGAAUAUAUCCUCCUCCACUCCCCACCCCUCCCCCGAUGAAAGAGCAGUGCGUAUUUGUAUGCAGAAAUUUUUCUUUUUUAUUAUUAUUAUUUUUGCUUUUUUCCCUCCUUUUUCUCCUCGUCUCUUCGUUUUCCCAUUUUUGAUUUCCCGUUCCUUCGAUUUUCUUUUCUUUGCUUCUUUUCCUUGUUUGUUUUUUUUUCUUUUCUUUUUCUCCUAAGAGUCUUUUUGACGGCGUUCACGUCAAGUGCAUGCAACAAUGUUAGUGUACAUUUUUUGAAAUAUACGAGAAAAAUAAACGAUCGACUAAACACGACGGUGACACAUACUUCUGUUUAAUUCGUUUCUGUGAACCAUUUCCGAUGUUUUAGAUUUGCUUUUUUUCUGAUUCUUCCUUUCUUUUUUUCUUAUUGUUUUUUUUUAUUUAUUUAUUUUAUUUUGUUUUUUUAUUUUUUCUCCCUUUUUCUUUAUAUCGAACCAACUAUGACAACGUUUAUACCUGUGAAACAUCCACCUAUUGGUUAUUAAAUACGGAUAUAGACAUCUUUCAUUUUCGUAGAACGAACUUUUCGAAUGAAAAAAAAAGAACAAAAGAAAAGAAGAAAAAAACAACAAAUUAGAAGAAGAAAGAACCAACGAAGUGUCCACAAGAUAUCCAAUUGAAAAUAAGAAAUCGUAAUUUUUACUUAAAAAAAAAAAAAGAAUUUGUUUAUAUAUAUAUUCACGAAAAUCGCGGAUACUGAGUGCCAGUCGUUAAGCCAGAAGAUGAUAAAGAAAGAUUGCCCUUCUUUCGUUAUUUUUCAUUUCUUUCUAAAUUCAACUAUGAGGCCGAAGAGUUUGUUAAGAAACAACUGUGAAUUUGGCGUUUCGUUUUCCGAAGUAUGUCAAGCACCGACGGCUUGAUAAAAGUGCUCGCCACUUUUGAGAAGUCGGUGGUGUGCUGAAAUCGCUUUGCGACAAGGGAGACUAAUUGGUCCUCGCCUGUUCUGAGGCGCCAAUGAGAAGCCUGCUCUUAUUCAAGCAAACAGCCCAACUUCAGAUCUUACCUUAGAUCUCAGCAAUACUCGGCAUCAUUAUCAUCAUCAUCGUCAUCACCAUCACCAUCAUCAUCGACGUAACGACAACCAGAAUCAAAACCACAACAACAAUAACAGUCUUAUCAAUAACAACAAUAAAAAUAACAACGAUAACAACAACUCGAUAAGCCUUGUGACGAGCGAACCUCAAGAAAUCGUGAUGAAGGAGAAAAGUAAGACAGCGGCCCGAUGGCGCCGGGAAAAAGAAAACAAGGAAUACCUCGAACUUGGAAAACUUUUACCGCUUCCAUCAACGAUCACCUCACAAUUGGACAAGGCCAGUAUCAUCAGGCUAACCACUAGCAACCUCAAGAUGAGAGCAUUAUUUCCUCACGGACUGGGUGAUGACUGGGGUACUAGACCACCACCUAGUAGUCCUUUGGAAGCUGGUAUUAAAGAAUUAGGAUCACUUUUUUUGAAAACUCUGGACGGUUUCGUAUUCGUCGUGACACCCGAUGGAAAAAUCGUUUAUGUUAGUGAAACAGCCAGUGUACACUUAGGAAUGUCUCAGGUUGAAUUGACAGGUAAUAAUAUAUACGAAUACAUUUGUCAGUACGACCACGAAGAGAUGUUUUCGGUGUUGAAUCUCCCACAAAAUCCGGCGGAUCUCACCGAUUUUAUGUUUCCACCUCCGAACUCACGCGGUGAAAUCGAUCUAGAACGUGUCUUCUUUCUGAGAAUGAAAUGUAUCUUAGCGAAGAGAAGCGCUGGUCUUGUCACGGAAGGAUACAAGGUUAUUCAUUGUUCGGGUUACCUCAAGUGCAUCAUUGAAAGUUCAACUGGUUCAGAAUACGAAGACGGUGGUACUGCUGGUAGAUGCAUCAGAAAUAUUUGUCUCCUAGCCGUCGGCCAUUCCUUUCCAACAUCUGCCAUUACGGAAAUCAAACUUUAUAACAAUAUGUUCAUGUUCAGAGCGUCCCUCGAUCUCAAGAUGAUAUUCAUCGAUUCGAACGCAACGAAUUUAACAGGCUACCAACCACAGGAUCUCAUCGAGAAAACUCUCUAUCAUUACGUACAUGGAAGCGACGCGUUGCACUUGAAACAAGCACACCGAGUUCUAUUACGAAAGGGUCAAGUAACAACGAAGUACUACAGAUUUCUAACGAAAUUGGGCGGUUGGGUGUGGAUGCAAUCAUAUGCCACGGUCGUUCAUAAUACAAGAAGCUCAAGGCCUCAUUGCAUCGUCUCAGUGAAUUAUAUUUUAACAGAGAUUGAAAACAUGGGACUGGUGUUGAAUUGCGUCGAGGGACCUUGUUCGACAAGUCCUGGAAACCCAUCUAGCACGGCCUUAACUACUCCAACAACAAGUGCUAAUACGAACAAAUUAGAAAAUCACAGUCCAAGUUCGCCGUCCUUUCGUGGAAGAGUUAAGGAAUCACCAGAUACAGAUUAUACAGACAGUUCCGGUUAUUCUGGCACAGAAUUUAUAGCCUGUUCUACAAAUUACAGUCACUUUCUUUCGUCUCCUUAUGCUGUUAAUGGACCGAUGCUCGAAGAUGGCACUUAUUACAAUACCGAAGUUUUUCAUUUGUACGGAGAUAUAAAUCACGAUCCACUUACCACGGUACCACCACCGCCACAACAACAACAACAACAACAGCAACAACAACAACAACAACAACAACAACAACAACAACAACAACAAGAAACACAUCAUCAUCAAAUACAAAGUAAUCAACAGAGGAGGCCAUAUUCUACGUCAUCCAGUUCUUGCGGUAGCACCGAUGCUAUGGAUAAUCAUUUACCUAGUCCAAUCGGUUUACAUUCUAUUCCAUCGGGAUAUCAUCCUCCUCCUCCUGCACCUCAUCCAUCUCAUCAUCAUCCUCAUCAUCAUCAUCAUCAUCAUCAUCACCAUCAUCACAAUCAACAUCAGCUAGCAGACUCGACCUCGUCAAGCAUCACGGAAACAGGUGGCAGUGUCAUCAUGUAUUCUGAUUGUGGCUUUGAUAACAACGACGUUUACAAUGGUGUACCAACAACUCCGACGACCCUUCAACAUCACGAUACCUCUUAUCAAUCACAAAGAAAUACAAAUGGAACUGCUGGUAGCAAUGUUAAACAACAGGCCCAACAUCAUCACCAUAUCGAACAAUCGACCGCCGGUUACACAAGUGUUAUCGUCGACUCUCAACAAUACAGUCCAAAUCCUACGCAAGAUCUUCAUCCCCAUGCUCAUCAUCAGGCUGUCACAUCAAGUGGUAGCACGUCUCCUCUAGUAACGCAUCAUCAGCAUUAUUACGAAACGCAUCACCAAUUCGUUCACUGACACCAAACGAUGAUGCGAGUAAUGCUUGUCGUCGAGACAUCAACAAGCUUACGAAUUCAAUGAUUCUAGGAACCAAUGAUUAUCCUGCAAUUUUAUUGCAAUUUAAUCUGGCUCUUUUGAAAUAUAAUGAAUGUAAGGAACGAACAGAAAAAAAAUAUUAAUAUUAAUAAUACUAAUAAUAAUAUUAGUACUAAUAAUAAUAAUUAUAAUAAUUUAAAAAAAAAUAAA